AUGGACGAUAUGCACUUAUCGCAUGGACAGCGGCAGUUAUGUUGUCUUGCGCGCGCAUUACUACGCAAGAGCAAGCUUGUUUUGCUUGAUGAGCCCACUGUAAGUGUUGAUGUGGCUACGGAAGCCAAAAUGUCGGAAAUUAUCGAAAGUGAAUUCCAAGCUGCAACAAUUAUUAUGGUCACGCACCAAUUGUCGUCCAUUCACUCUUUUGAUAAGGUCAUGGUGUUGGAAGCAGGCGAGCUUGGGGAUUGUGCUGCUCCAGCGGCAUUGCUCGACGACAACUCCAGCAAACUUCAGCAGCUUUAUCGGAUUCAAGUGAAGAAUUAG